AUGGAGCGAAUGGUAAACCGGCGGCUGACCCACUACCUCGAGUCUACAGGUAAACUAGAUGACCGACAACACGCCUUCAGACCCGGACGCGGUACAGGAACGUACCUUGCCUCCCUGGGGGAGAUCCUCGAUGAAGCCAAGUCCCAAGGUAAGCACGCCGAGCUGGUGUCCCUGGAUAUAUCGCGCGCCUACAACCGCGCGUGGACCCCCGGUGUUUUGAAGAAGCUGGCACUCUGGGGUGUCUCCGGCAACCUCCUCCACUUCAUUAAGAAUUUUUUGUCGGACCGCUCCUUCCGAGUGCUCCUCGGAAACUGCGUAUCCAAGCCCGUGAGGGAGGAAACCGGAGUGCCCCAGGGCUCGGUUAUCGCCGUGACGCUAUUCCUUGUCGCCAUGGAAGAAGUGUUCGCCGACCUGCCAAGAGACGUGUACAUCUUAGUAUACGCAGACGACAUCCUCCUAGUGGCAGUGGGCGAGCACCCCAAGAAGCUCCGGAGGAAGAUCCAGUCCGCCGUCAGCAGGGUAGGCAGAUGGUGCCUCUCAGCUGGCUUUGUUAUGUCUGCCGGUAAGUGCGUGAGAACGCACGUUUGCCAGAGUAAUCACCGACCCCCCGGCCAGCCCAUCGUACUUAACGGUGCAACCGUUCCCACCAAAUCAUCGGUCAAACUCCUGGGAGUUACAGUGGAUCGUCACCUGACCUUCGCAGAGCACUGCAAAAGGACCAAAGAAGCCUGCAAGGUAAGAAAUAAUAUGAUGAAACUGAUUUCCAGGAGGAGGACCCGCAGCGACCGAGGCCUACGCCUUCGUGUAGCGGACGCAGUGAUCACGAGCCGCCUGCUCUAUGGCUUGGAGCUCACCUCGGUGAACCUGCCGGAAAUCACCCGCUCCCUAGCCCCGGUGUACAACCGCGCGGUUAGGUUGGUUUCAGGGCACCUUCCAUCAACACCCGCAGACAUCGCUUGCGCCGAGGCCGGCGUAAUACCGUUCCGCCACAAAGUUACUGCCUCCCUCAGCACCAAAACCGUCAGUUUUCUCGAGAAAACCAAGGCCUCCAACAGCACUUGCCACCUUCUCGGCAGGGCCGAUGAAGCGUUUCACCAUACCACCCAACAACCACUCCCCAAGAUCGCUGGACUUCACCGCCUCGGUCCAAGGGACUGGGCCUCCAGGGCCCCGAAAAUCGAUUGGUCUCUAAAAGCCCAGCUACGCAGAAACCCCAACCAGCAGCUGGCUCAGCGACUUUUCGGUGAGCGGAUUAACGCCAGGUACAGGACACACACGGUCAGAUACACCGAUGGAUCCAGAGCCGCCGGCAAAGUGGGUAUCGGAGUCGACUCUACCGACGGUUCGACUCAGUCCCACAGGCUACCGAACACCUGCUCCGUCUUCUCGGCGGAAGCCGCUGCCAUCUUUCAAGCGGUGUCCCAGCCGUGCAGCGGACCCAUGCUGAUCGUGUCCGACUCGGCUAGCGCCCUCUCCGCCCUGCCCUCCGCAGCAAAUCGCCAUCCAUUCAUCCAGGCCAUCCAGGAGAACAUCGAUGAAAAGACCACCCUGAUGUGGGUCCCUGGCCACGCUGGCAUCGCUGGCAACGAAAGCGCCGACAUCUUGGCCAACAUCGGCAGAGCCAGUCCACUGAUUACCCGCAGCGUCCCGGCCGACGAUGCGAAGCGCUGGAUUAAACAGCAGGUGAGCAAUGCCUGGGCUAACGAGUGGCACAAGGAGCGGAACCUAUGCAGAAUGGUUAAGGGCUCCACCCUUCCCGGAACAGACCUGCCCAACCGCCGUGAGCAGAUGGUGCUGUCCCGACUGCGUACGGGGCACACCAAUCUAACGCAUAACCUGGGCUCUGGGGAUUUCCACCAUCGCUGCACCACCUGCCAAUGUAGAAACACCAUCAGUCACAUCAUCAACAACUGCCCUGAAUACGAAGGAGCACGGCAAGCCAACAACAUCGGCAACGCGGUCGAGGCACUCAACAACAAUCCCAUCAACGAACGACUGCUUAUCAACUUUUUAAAGGAUAGCAAACUAUACUACCGGAUUUGA